UGAAUAUUCAAACAUCUGUUCAACUCAACCGACCAUGUUUUGUAAUAUUUUAAAACGCUCGUUUCAAGCAAAUAUUAAAAAUGUGAAUAACUUGAAUGUACUGCGAUUGAGCAGCUCCUAUAAUCCCCAAAGCGACAUCAAGGAUGCACUGGACAUAGAGGCCAAUCUCUUCGGGAAUUCAGAUUUGAAGCACGAGCCGGUAAACACGCGGGAAGCUUUACGCAAGAACCGCACCAAAUCGUUUGUUCCUAGAAAGCCCAAGGAAACCAGUGCUCCCCCGGCUCCCCGAAAGUUCACGGCUCCCCCUGCUCCACGGAUAGCUCCCACUCCCGCUCCAGUGAUCAAGGACAGUGAACUGAAUCUGGAGUUUGUGCGCCUCACCCUGCAGGAUCCUUUGACCAGCACUCUUUUGACCACAGUGCGUUCCCGCAAGCGACGAGACAAGAACCGUCAGAUCAUCGUCGAGGGCAGACGCCUCAUCCAGGAGGCUCUGCAAUGUGGUCUAAAAAUGGAGACUCUCCUCUUCAGCCAGAAAGAUCAGUUGGCUCUGGUCAAGGAGGAAGUGGGCAAAGCGCAGCUGGAGUCUCGGGCAAAGAUCUACAAAGUGCCGCAGCAUGACCUGAAGACAUGGUCUUCACUGGUUACCCCACCCGGUUUGAUGGCCAUCUUUGACAGGCCCUCAGGUAAAGGUUUGGAGAAGAACCUGGCUGAGCAACAGCGACUGGGCACUCAGCCCUUGCCGAUAACAGUCGUGUGCGAUAAUAUCAGAGAACCCAACAACCUGGGCAGCAUCAUCAGGACGUGUGCCGCUCUACCCUGCAGCCAGGUGGUGGUUACCCACGGCUGCUGCGAUCCCUGGGAGUCGAAGGCCCUGCGAGGAGGCUGUGGUGGUCAGUUCCGAGUGCCCAUUCGCGAUGAUGUCCCCUGGGAGGAGCUCCCGUUAACCAUUCCACCAGAGGCCGCCGACGACUGUCAUGUAUUCAUUGCGGAGAACAACCAAGAGAAGCGGGAGAACAAUCAGACCAUUGAUUAUGCAGAUAUCGGGGGCAUCGGUGCACAUAAUCUGCUCAUUAUUGGUGGAGAGAGUCACGGAGUCAGCGAGGAAGCUUACCGCUUCUUAAACUUGGUUGGAAACAAAGGAAAGUGUGUCUAUAUACCCCUGGCAGCUGGAAUUGAUAGCUUGAAUGUGGCAUCCGCUUUGACGUUGUUGCUUUUCGAGUUGCGAAGAAAAAUUAACCAGAAGGCUUAAAGUUUAGGUUUCAAAUACAAAAAUAUAUAUAAAAAGUAUUUCGUUGAAUAAAACAAAAGUUUUC